CCAAGGCCUGCCAUGCGCUUCCGGGUUGGUGGCUGUCCCUGCCUGCAGGCUGAAGGAGAGGGCCAGAUGACGGGGGGCUUGGUGGCAUUAUGUUUAGAAGUGUGCUCGGUACCGGGGUGCUGGUGAGGACGGUGCACUCGGUGCUGACCUGGGCUGUUACUCUGGUGCUAUUCCUGCACGAUACUGGUUAGUCAGGAGCCAGUCCAUUACUCUGGGGUGGGGAACACUGUCCUCAGCUACCAUAACCACUUUACAAGGAGGAGAGGGUGUCUGUCCCUUUUACAUACUCAUUAAUGGGGUGGGGAACAGUGCUAUAUCUGCCAGGAACACCUCCCUCAGCUACCAUAACCACUUUACAAGGAGGAGAGGGUGUCUGUCCCUCUUACAUACUCAUUAAUGGGGUGGGGAACAGUGCUAUAUCUGCCAGGGACACUGCCCUCAGCUACCAUAACCACUUUACAAGGAGUAGAGGGUGUCUGUACCUUUUCCAUACUCAUUAAUGGGGUAUGGGGAACAGUGCUAUAUCUGCCAGGAACACUGCCCUCAGCUACCAUAACCACUUUACAAGGAGGAGAGGGUGUCUGUCCCUUUUACAUACUCAUUAAUGGGGUAUGGGGAACAGUGCUAUAUCUGCCAGGGACAUUGCCCUCAGCUACCAUAACCACUUUACAAGGAGGAGAAAGUGUGUGUCCCUUUUACAUACUCAUUAAUGGGGUAUGGGGAACAUUGCUAUAUCUGCCAUGGACACAUCCCUCAGCUACCAUAACCACUUUACAAGGAGGAGAGGGUGUCUGUCCCUUUUACAUACUCAUUAAUGGGGUAUGGGGAACAGUGCUAUAUCUGCCAGGGACAUUGCCCUCUGCUACCAUAACCACUUUACAAGGAGGAGAGGGUGUCUGUCCCUUUUGCAUACUCAUUAAUGGGGUAUGGGGAACAGUGCUAUAUCUGCUAGGGACACUGCCCUCAGCUACCAUAACCACUUUACAAGGAGGAGAAAGUGUGUGUCCCUUUUACAUACUCAUUAAUGGGGUAUGGGGAACAGUGCUAUAUCUGCCAGGAACACUGCCCUCAGCUACCAUAACCACUUUACAAGGAGGAGAAAGUGUGUGUCCCUUUUACAUACUCAUUAAUGGAACACUGCCCUCAGCUACCAUAACCACUUUACAAGGAGGAGAGGGUGUCUGUCCCUUUUACAUACUCAUUAAUGGGGUAUGGGGAACAGUGCUAUAUCUGCCAGGGACAUUGCCCUCUGCUACCAUAACCACUUUACAAGGAGGAGAGGGUGUCUGUCCCUUUUGCAUACUCAUUAAUGGGGUAUGGGGAACAGUGCUAUAUCUGCCAGGGACACUGCCCUCAGCUACCAUAACCACUUUACAAGGAGGAGAGGGUGUCUGUCCCUCUUACAUACUCAUUAAUGGGGUAUGGGGAACAGUGCUAUAUCUGCUAGGGACACUGCCCUCAGCUACCAUAACCACUUUACAAGGAGGAGAGGGUGUCUGUACCUUUUACAUACCCAUUAGCGGGGUAUGGGGAACAGUGCUAUAUCUGCCAGGGACACUGCCCUCAGCUACCAUAACCACUUUACAAGGAGGAGAGGGUGUCUGUACCUUUUACAUACCCAUUAGCGGGGUAUGGGGAACAGUGCUAUAUCUGCCAGGGGCACUGCCCUCAGCUACCAUAACCACUUUACAAGGAGGAGAGGGUGUCUGUACCUUUUGUGGGUCAAUCUCUUUUUAUUGAAAUACGAACAGUGGUUAAUCUAGUACAAUGUCAAAGUACAACGUCAGGAAAUAACAUUUGUUUUACAUAUCAAGAUUGUGGCUUUCAAUGCGUAUGAAUGUAUUAGUUUCGGCUUAUCUAACAAAUAAAGGCGAUACAAUUCGAGGCUAUGUAGUAAAACUUAUAGGAAAUGUAUGUGAGUAGACCAUGAGUCUAUGCCGACCCCUUUCUCUGCGUAGCCGUGGGGCCUGAUCCUGGACUUCGCCCCAGAUUAAGCCUAGUUUAUCCGUCAUAUUCGUAUUGUUGUUAAGUCAGUCCCGUGCCCUUCUCGCUGCAGUCAGUCAUUAGGUGACUUUAAACUGUCUCGUGUGUUCCCGAGUCAAGUCCUGUCAUGUAUGUAGGCAGUGGUGGCUGGAAGGUUGUCUGCGGUCUUGGGGGUCAUCGGCAUUGCUAUGCCUCCCAGUAGCAGCCUGCUUGCACGUUCCCCUUAGUUUGCGGAAUCCGUGUGUUCGCAGGGGCUCUCGCGCUAGUUUGACUGUUCAGGUUUUAAAAUUACAUCAGGGUGUGUGGGUGCGGUCCGCCCCGGGCUUGUAUCUACACAUCGUUCGGGGGCGGGAGAGAUAAAGGGAGCGGAAGAAAGAGAGAGGAGCGGGAGUAGGAGAGGAGAGGAAGAGAGAAGGGGGGGGGGAGGAGGAUUAGGGUCAUGUCAGUGCCUGUGUUGCGGGGGACACGGCGUCCCUCUCCAUUCCUCCACUCCGGCCGAGCAUGCCCACGGUCCAAAGAGGCGCCCUUGCGGUCCAGGUAUCCCUUGCCUCCGCGUGUCCCGCUCUCCGGUGUGCUUAGGUUUCGCUGUUUAUGUCUGUCUCCCGGAGAUGAAUAGCAGCCAAGGUGUCCAGAUUUGCAUGUAUCGCUCUGUGGUUCCGCGGAGGGAGGCCGUCAGCUGUUCCAUGACAUGGAUUUCUUCAACCUGUUCCAUCCAUUCCUGGAGGCUGGGUAUCUGCGUGGUUCGCCACUUCCUCGGGAUUAGCAAUUUGGCUGCAUUCAGUAAAUGCUUAGUCAGCGACUUUUUGUAUUUCGAUAGGGGAAGCGAGGUGUGAUGGAGGAGCAUCUGAAGUGGGAGGAGCGGGGUAUCCGUGCCUGUGAUGUUUUUGAUCUGUGAAUGUAUUUGUUGCCAGUAUGGGGUUAUUCUUCUGCAGGACCACCAGAUAUGCAGGUCCGUGCCCACCUCUUCGUCACAGCGCCAGCAGGUUGCCGGGGCAUCCGGUAUCACCCUGUGUAUUCUCUCAGGAGUCCUGUACCAGUUGGUCAACAGCUUAAAGUUGAGUUCUUGUUGUUUGGUGCACAUCGAACUUUGGUGUGUCAAGAUAUGGAUUUUCGUCCACUGGGGGUCCGUCAAUGCGACUCCCGUGGCUUCCUCCCUGCGCGUAAUGUGUUUAAGGGGUGUAGGCUGCAGUGAGGACAGAAGCAUUGUAUAGAGGUACGAGAUUCCUCUGCACAGGUGUUUGCGUGUCGUGCAAAGUUGUUCGAAUCCUGUCAGGGGCCUGUGAAAAAGAUGCUUCCCGUAGUGGGACUGAUAGUAGGUUUUAGUCUGGAAGUAUCGGAAUCUAUCUAACCCCGAAGGUGUCCGUUCUGGCAUCAGAUCCUGUAGUUGCUUCAGCGAGUCCCCUGUGCACCAUUGGUGCAUGUACGUCCAAUCCGAGUCUCCGAAGGCCUUGAUAUCUUGUGGUGUAAGGCCACCCGCCAGGUCCGGGUUAUGCGUGAUUGGCGUCAGUGGUCCCGGAGUGGUGGUCAGCAUUAGGGUAGUUCUCACGGAGUACCAGGUUCGCAGCGUCGCUCCGAUGAGCGGGUGGUUACGGGAGCGCGCGUUCGUCAAGGUGCCCCCAAGCCACACCACGGCCGGGAUCGACCCAUCCAUUUGGCUCUGUUCCAUGUGUAUCCAUUGUUUGCUAGUGUUGGGCACGUGCCAGCCCACGACUCUAUGGAGAUGUGUCGCUCUAUAGUAAUCCAGGACUGAUGGAAGACCCACUCCACCCUGUGCCUUGGGUAGGCGGAGGUGUAGCUUCCUCAGUCUGGGUGCCUUAGAUUGCCAUAUGAAUUUGGUGAUGGCUGUGUCCAUCGUUCGGAAGAAGGCCCUCGGAAUAUUGAUUGGUAUGGUCUGGAACAGGUACAGGAGUCGGGGUAGGAGGUUCAUUUUAAUAGCAUUCAUUCUCCCGAACCACGAGAUGCAUAGACCUGCCCACCGAGUCAGGUCUGACCCCAGCUUGUGUACCUUCGGUGCGAAGUUGUGUGUGUGUAUAGCUGGGUCAGGUCAGCCGUCAGCCAGAUUCCCAGGUAUUUGAGCCUGAUGUGGCACCACGUGAAGGCGAAUUGGGUCUUAAGGUGGGUAGUCAUCACUUCUCCUGUCGAGAUGGGGAGCGCCUCCAAUUUAUCCUUGUUUAGUUUCAGGUUGGAUACCUGCCCGUAUUCAGCAAAGGCCCUCAGGAGGUUCGGGAGGGAAACUAUCGGCUCGCUAACGAAGAACAACAUGUCAUCCGCAUACGCGGCUACCUUAUGUUCCUGUCCCAGUAGGGUAAAUCCUCCUAUGCCCCCGUCCUGUCUGACCGCCCCCAGGAAAGGUUCCAGGGAGAGGGCAAACAGAAGGGGGGACAGCGGGCACCCCUGUCUCGUCCCGUUGCGUAUAUGGACCGGCUUUGAGAGAGCUCCGUUGAUCCGUAUCCUUGCCGACCAGAUCGUGUACAGGGAGGAGAUCCACGCCAUUAAAUGCGGACCGAAGCCCAUGGCUCUGAGUGUAGCCAGCAUGAAGCGCCAAUCCACCCGGUCAAAGGCCUUCUCCGCAUCGGUGGAAAGGAGAAGGACCUUCUGUGCAGAGCGUCUGGCCGCAUGCAUGACGUUCAGGGCCCGUAUGGUGGUAUCUCUUGCUUCCCGGCCAGGGAUGAACCCUACCUGGUCGGGAUGGACUAAGUCCGGCAGAACUCUUCCUAUCCGUGUCGCUAGGACUUUCGUGAAGAGUUUCAGGUCCGCAUUCAGGAGUCAAAUUGGUCGGUAGCUUGUACAGUUGGUUGGAUCCUUGCCUUCCUUAGGGAUGACUGCUAUCGUUGCCGAUAGGGCGUCUCUCGGGAGUGUCCCCCCGUCUAGUAGGGAGUUGAGUCCUGUGAGUAAUUUAGGCAGGAGCACAUCACCAAAAUUUUUGAUGUAUCGGACCGGUAACCCAUCCGGGCCCGGGGCCUUAUUGGGCUUGGAUCCCUUCAGCGCAGCCUGAAGUUCUUCUAGUGUAAUUGGGGCUUCCAGUUCUUCAGCCACAGCUUGGCUUAGGGUUCUCGUGACAUGUUGUUGCAAGUAGUCCCCAAUUCAUAUGUCCCUGUGGGGGCAGUCAUCUGUGCUGCCAUCUGGGGAUAGGUUAUAUAGGUCGCUGUAGAAACCGUGAAAUGCAUCGGCUAUCUUGUCAGGGAGUUGCGUGGCUACUUGUGCCCUGUCUUUAAUUUUUGUGAUGUGGCACAGUCGGCGUUGUCUUUGGAGCGUAUGGGCCAGAAGGCGGCCACAUUUGCCCGAGUAUUUAUAAAAAAAUCUAUGUGAUUUACGUAUAGUGUACUGUAGUUUGCGGUGCAGGAUGUCUCUCAGUGCUUGUCUGGCUUCCAGUAGAGCCUUGUAGUUGUUGUCCGAUUGGGUGGACUUGUGAGUGUUUUCCAGCGCCGAGAUCUGCGCAGUCAGUUCAGUCACACGUUGUCGCUGUACCUUCUGCCGAUGGGUACAAAUCUUAAUCAGCUGCCCUCGGAUAACGCAUUUGUGUGUCUCCCAUAUCGUCAGGGCUGGUAUCUCCGGGGAUUCAUUCUCCUCAAAGAAUGUGGUUAGCGUAGAUCGGAGUUCCAUUGUUACUGGUGCGUCGUUGAGUAUCGACUCAUUCAUCUGCCAUUGCCUUUCUCUUGGGCGAUAUAGGGGGGAUCUAAGUGUUACUGAAACCGGUGAGUGGUCAGACCAUCCCAUGGGCCGUAUCUCUGCUGAGAGUAACAUAGGUAGGAAUUCUUGGGCCACAAAUAUAUAAUCUAGCCUGCUAUAAGACUUAUGUAACGUGGAGUAGUAAGUGAAGUCUUUAUCCUCGGGGUGAAGCACCCUCCAGCCAUCCAUGAGGCCGGAGCCUCGGAGCGCCUCUCGUAUGACUCGUAGGCCCCGAGACGGGAAGGAGCUAGUCCCCCUAGAGGUGUCAGUCCUCGGUUCUAGGGCAACAUUCAGGUCGCCUGCCGCCACUAGCAAGCCCUCCCGGAAUGCCUCAAGUUUAUUCAGCGUCGUUCUAAUGAAUUUAGAUUGCCGGAUGUUGGGCGCAUAGAUGCUAGCGAAAGUGUAAGAGCAGCCGGCUAUAGUGCCUUUUACAAACAGAUAGCGUCCCAUAGUGUCCGCCAUAGUAGCCGCGCACUCAAACGGUAUCGUGCUUGCGAACAGGAUUGCCACUCCCGCCUUUUUGGCCGUCUGGUGAUUUGCAAAGAACCCCAGCGGGUAUCGUGCGUCUUUCAGCUGUGGGCUAGCGUCGCCUCGAAAGUGGGUCUCCUGCAGGAGUGCAACGGAUACCCGCUCGGCCCAUAGGGAGCGCAACAGAUGGGAUCUUCUCUCUGGUACAUUCAGUCCUCGGACAUUACUUGACCAGACAUGGAGGGGCGCAGGCGUGAACCCCGUCCCCAUGGCUCGUGAGACAAGAGGUGGGAAAGAGGGGAGAGAGGGGGAAAAGGGCAGGGGUAGGAAGAGAAGAAUGUGUCAAGCCCGGUGCGGGCUCGCAGCGACUCGGCACCUGUGGUGGUGGUGACUUGUGGGUCCACGGAGAGUGGGUGUCCAACACCCCCCCACCAGUUUUAGGAGGGUGCCCGUCUAGAGGACGCAGGUCCCUUGGAGCACUAGCGCAGGACUCAGCCUUCACCUGCGAUUUGUGUUGGGGAGUAUUCCCCCGGUGUGUUUACAGUGAUUUAGUAGAGGUGAGUUAACUAUGGUAGGAAGUAUGGAUCCCUGUCUACAGGGAUGUGUUAGUUAAUAGACUUGUAGUGUAUCAAAACCGUGUCCCCUCUUCCCCCUGGCCGAGGCAUACAGGAGAUGCAGGAGGCAUAAGGUCACCGGUGGAUCUCAUAUGGUCAAUUUGGCUAACAUCAGCCGUACGCCUGUCAGUGUGUGGGGGGCUCCGGCCCCGGUCAUCUAGUCCCAGGUCUCCGGGGAUGCAGCUGCGCGUCAGGGCGUGGGUGAGGGGAGCUCGUCGUGUCCCUUGUCAUGUCCCAGUUGGGUCAAGUCAUCUGUUUCUACUUCAUCCCCACGCACAGGAGCGGGAAUGGGUAGUCCUGAGAGUCCGUCAGGUCUGCUGUAGUGCCUACGGGGGAGAGGCCCUGGGAUAACGCUGUCAGGCACCCGCAUGGGGUGGUGGUUUAGGGUCCUGCUUAGUCUCCCUCCCCAGUCCCAUCUGAGAGUCUGUUUGUUAACCUGUGCCUAUAGAACGUAGCCCUGUCCCUCCCCUGCCGUUAGAGUGAGGGAAGGUCUCCAUGCGUGUGAUCUCAGGCCCUGUGGGAGGGGUAUAAACCUAGCUUCGGCUCUUUAAAAAAAAAAAAAAAACCCCACACCAACAAUAGCAGACAUCGUUCUCAGACCAAGUUCACCCCCUCCUCCAGCUUCACAUUUCCUCGGUCCACCCCUAGUUGUGAGGGUGCGAGAUUCGCAGAUCCAGUUUGGGCGGAGAAGUCAGUAGAAAUGUCCAGUGUCUCGGGGACUGAUGGAAUGCUUCCUCCCUACGAGUUGGGGGCUCUAUGUAAUCCCGUAUAACUUGCUCUUACGCCACCUUGUAGGGUUUCCGGGUGUGGGGGGACUCCGUGGCGGGCCACACUUCUUUACCCCUGCCCGUCAAAGUGGGCUUCCCUCCAUGCGCCCCCCGCCCAAGUGCCCGUGCGUGACCCCCGGGUCUCUCCGGCUUAUAUGUGCCCCAGUAUGGCAGUCGGCUGCGGCCCAUGCCAUGGGUCAAGGCUCCCCCAGAGGAUUCCACAAAUUUUUUGAGGGUGAGCCCUUUUCCCCCCCCCCCUGCAGGCCCUGCAUCACGGCCAAAGUUAGGGUUGGUCCCUCUCCCCCCUCCCCAUGUGUCCUGGUUAUAUCCCCUCCAUCUCCGUGGGGCCUCGUGUGUGUGUGUGUGUGGGCUCCCAAGUCCCCUGGGGUGCGUUUAGAACUCACCGGGCCCCCACUGACCGUGUCUGUACCUUUUACAUACUCAUUAAUGGGAUAUGGGGAACAGUGCUAUAUCUGCCAGGGACACCUCCCUCAGCUACCAUAACCACUUUACAAGGAGGAGAGGGUGUCUGUACCUUUUACAUAAUCAUAUGUGGGGUAUGGGGAACAGUGCUAUAUCUGCCAGGGACACUGCCCUCAGCUACCAUAACCACUUUACAAGGAGGAGAGGGUGUCUGUCCCUUUUACAUACUCAUUAAUGGGGUAUGGGGAACAGUGCUAUAUCUGCCAGGGACACCUCCCUCAGCUACCAUAACCACUUUACAAGGAGGAGAGGGUGUCUGUACCUUUUACAUACUCAUUAAUGGAGUAUGGGGAACAGUGCUAUAUCUGCCAGGGACACUUUUUGGGAACCCAAAGGGAGAAUCUAUAUCCAGCAACUUGUGGGCAUCCAGUUAUUGGUGCCAAUUCCUGAUCUCAACUAUAUUUAUUCCAAAGGCUUUUUUAGUGUGAGCCCAUUCUAGUUGGCUCAAUAAAAUGUGAGUGAGACCGAUUUGUAUUUACACCAACUUUUAUUGUACAUACAGAGUUCACUAUUGCCUACCAUUUUUUUUUAUCUUUUUAGGUAUCUACUUAUUGAUGGUAAUCUUGUCUUGUAUUUUUUAUAUAUACACUUAGUGUGCUCUCACCAGUUUUUAUAUACAAUUUUUGACAGUUGCAGGAGAGGAGUCAUGGGGGAUAAAAACCUGCUAACAGUUUAAUUGAUAUGCUUUCUUGAAGAAGUGAGUUUUCAAUUAUUUAUGUAGGGACUUGUAAGCAAGCACCAGAAUUUACAAUUGAGCCCUAUAUCUAACUGGAAGUCAAUGCAGGGACUGACAGAGCGGGGAGGCGUGGGAGGUGCGAGCGGACAGGAAAAUGAGCCUUGCUGCCACAUUCAUUAUAGAUUGCAGUGGUGCAAUCUGGGAACACGUAAGAUCACCGAGAAGGGUAUUGCAGUAGUCAAGGCGAGAGAGAACAAGAGCAUGGACCAGCACCUUAGCCGCAUCUGGGGUUAAAUAGGGGCGAAUGCAUGCUAUGUUUUUGAGAUGGAAGCGACCGGAUUUGGCGAUUGAUUGGACAUGAGGGGUGAAGAAGAGGUUAGAGUCAAAAAGAACACUUGGGCAGCGAGCCUUCGAGGUAGAGGUGAUGGUAGCGCCGUUGACUUGGAGGGAGACAGACACGGGAGUAGUAACACUUGAGGGAGGAAAGACCAGAAGUUCUGUUUUGGACAGGUUGAGUUUAAGGAAGUGAGCAGCCAUCUACACUGUAGAUAUAUGAUCUAUAUCAAAACUGUUUCUUUUUUACAUUUUACCCACUAAAUGGGUGACUUCACGUCACAUGACAUUUUUGAACUAUUUGAAUAUUAUAGGAGCACUCUCAGGUGCCUUAGGGCUUAACACAGCAUCUUCCAUUUGUCACUUUACAAAAGUGUUUAAGAGAAAUUGCGCUUUUAUGAGGUGACAAGAUUGCACAGCUGUCAUUUAUUAAGUGUUCUUGCAUAGCAAGACCACUUAAUGUUAUCUCACAUAUAUAUUAUUAUUAUUCUUAUUAUAGCAAAAUUUGCCACCCUAACUCCUCCCACAGUUUUUACACUACAUAGACAAAAAUUUACCAAAACGUGCAGAUUGUUCCCCAUCGGAUUGCUAUUACUUUGUGGAACGUUUCGCCGAAUGGUUCACGGAAUAUCGUCGUUCUUGUGGCGCAAUUUGUCCCAUAGGAAUGAAUGGCAAAGCUAGAGUGGGAGCUGGCAAAAGCUGAAAAAUCAGGACAUGAUUUCUAAACUGCCACCACUCCCUUAUUUUCAGGCCCAGCUACACAAAUCUUAUAUCAAAACGUUCAGCUAUCCCUGCUGCCACUAAAUAUGUCAACGGCUAAGCCAUAGUCCUGAUACUUUUCACAAUAUAAGCAUUUGUUUGCAACUAACGCCGUCCAUUGACAUUCAUUUGAAACUUCACUCUGCAAAGCUCAAAUUUGAAGUGUAAUUUCUAAACUGCGACUGUGCCUUCAAUUUUAAUACUUCAGAGACAUACUAUGCAUCAAAAUGUAGGUCUGGGUCUUGUGAUUCUCACAAUAUAAAGCUCUUCACUGUAGGAGUUAUAGUUUUUAAGAUACGACCGUUUGAAGAUGGCAACCGCUAAAAUACUCUGACCUGUGUCAAGCUGCAGCAGCAAGUGAUGUCAUAGACAGGGCCUUUUGAACACCUGCUAAUGUUUUUAUAAAUGUAUGGUUUAAUGUAACUGUGCAACAACGUUGCAAUUAAAUGUGCUAUGUAAAUGAUAACAGUUACUCCGCCCACUCCAGUUGUAGACUACUGGUGGAGGCAAGAACACUUCACACAAUUUCCCCAGAAAUUGUAGCUUUUCUAGUAUUAUAUAUUUUGUAUAAUGCUGGGGUUUUAAUUUAAGAGUUUAUUCCAUCCGUGUGCACAGGAGAUCCAUUGCAGCUGUAGCUCAUGCCAUCUAUGUUAACUUUGACUCUAGUUCCUCUCAUGUGUGUAUAUAUAUGAGUUAUAGCAGCACAAUACAUUUGAUGAAUGUUUUCUUAUUUAUUUUUUAUUUGUAUUUAAGAUCUUUGGCGUCAAGAUGAUACAGAGAAGAUGUUUCGGCCUUUGUGCUUUGUUUUCCUGGUCCUGUUUUCGGUAGUCUUGUACUUCGUGGUAUCUUUGAUGGAUCCUGGCUAUGUGCUGUCUGACUGUGAUGAGAAGGUAAGUCUGUGUUCUUUGCACAAAUGAAGAAGAAUAUAAUGCAGCACAGACAAAUGAUAUAAUCUUCAUGCUUCAUUUUUUUUGUUUCACUAGUUUCACCUUCUAGUCACGAACAAAGAGUCAGAUGGAAUGAUCGUGGAGAAUCCUAAUCUCGUGUCUUUAAGGCGCUGUGGAUAUUGCCUGUUGAAGGUUGGUGCUUAUGUGCUUUGCUUGGACAAUUGGCGAAAACAAAGUACUAAAAACUUCCCAAGAACACAACACAGUAAUACCAUACAGCCUGCUAGGGAAAGACUUCUGUAAAUGGCCGCUGUGUGUCUUCUGUUCUGUGCAAUUGCAAGCUUCCUUUCAUGAAAUCUAUGCUUUAUAAAAAAAAAAUAAUAAUAAUUACGUAGAGUGAUACACAGAAAAAUAUAGCAGUAACUGCACAUUGAGUAAGGCACAAUUGUCAAAUAUUGUCACUUUUGCCACGAUUUAUACCUCAAUUUUAUAUUUUAGUGCAACAUAGGUAUUCAAACGAUUAGAACCAGGAGCCAAAGUAUUACAGGAAAAUAUGGAUCUAUUUGGAUAAAAUAAUGGCUGUAGCCACGGGUACGAUAGCGCUUCUUUAAUAUACUGUGUAGGCGCAUCUGUGAUGGAUACUCCUGACCAAGGGGGCAGCGUUGGGUGAGACAAUACCACCAAAAUUGUGUUCAGAGCAUAACUGAAUGUAGCACCACAGUGCGUGGAAUUUAACCCGUAUCAGACGAGGAAACAUACAAGUAGUAAAACAGAACUUAAGAAAAUAAACAAGCAGUACCCAUCUUGUAGUAAAAUCAUUUUUCACUUUAGCAUAUCAUCAUACAAUCUGCAGUAUCUAAUAGAUAUGAAGGUAGGUCUGACUUACUGAUUUAUCUUGACAGUUUGCAUUUUGUUCUACAGCAGCCAAUGAGGGCACGUCACUGUAAAUCCUGCCAACACUGUGUCCGGCGAUUUGACCACCACUGCCCUUGGAUUGAAAACUGUGUUGGAGAGAAAAACCAUCCUCUCUUCAUUCUGUAUCUGUGUGUCCAACUUUUGGUUCUGCUCUGGGCCUUUCAUUUAGGAUGGUAAGAGAUGUUAUAUGUACUUUUAUAAUAGAAUUUUAGAUACAGCGUCAUCAUGUUAAACUAUCAGGUUAGUAUAUGUAAGAGCAAACACACACAAAAAAAUAACAGAAGACCAUAAUCUGGGAAUGUGCUUCCUUUAAGGGUUGCAUCUGUUGCAUUCAAUUAAAAGAUGAUUGGGUAUAAUAAGUGAAAAGUGAGUUUGUGAGCAUCAUUCAAGGCAUACUGUCUGGUGUAGCACUGGUGCCUCUGAGAGCUGGGUUGGGCAACCCGUUUUAGCGUUGCCCAUGUGUAGAGUGCAAUGGAAACACCGUUUGUAUGGGCUAAAUUACAUUGUUCCCAGAAACUGGGCAACAACUUCAAACCCUUCUCUGUGGUACAGGAUUUCCAAAAUUGGUUUGUGACUAAUCUGGAACUUUUGGGAGAUAUGCACAUAGCACCACAUAUGGUACAUCACUUAAGGUUCAAAAGGGCAUCCCACAAACCUAUGGGAUCCCCCACAGAUAUUCGUGUGCAGGCACAGAGAGAUACCGUAACUAUCGGUUGUGUGUUACAUAAAAAGAUGCCACUUACCACCCGCACUGAUUUGCAAUUGCUGGUAAUAUGCAAGGUAACUGGAAUAUUCAGCUUUUGCCAUUUCUGUAGGCACAGUGAUUAUGUGGUUGUCCUUACUUUUUCUUAUGUAUAUUUUUGGGGAGGCGAGGGUUGACAUUUCGGUAAAAUCCACACUCUGUGUAUCUUAUGGUAAACAUUGGAUUGGCUGAGAUCAUCAGGUUUGAUCUCCACCAAGGGGGCGGAGCAUGGCACUGUAAAAACCUAAACUACUGUUUUACAACUGUAGUGUCAGGAAUACAUGUUUGUAUUCCUGACGCUAUAGUGUUCCUUUAAGUUUUGCCAUUCUGUAUUCAAUUCACUUAUUUAGUGUAUAAACUCCUGUGGUAUGAUGCAUUCGCACAUUAGCAUAGGAUGAAGAAGGAUGUGUUGUUGAAUAAGCUGUUUGGAAACAAGGUUUGCUGAUGUAUCUCUGUGUGGGCCUUAAACAAAAAAUGCAGCGGGACAUGAGCAUGAAUAUGGUCCCACUCGUACUCUGGGACAACUAUUACAAGUGCAUGCCGCCAUAUUGCUGGACAUAGUCUCACAGUAAUUGGCAAGAUAUGAACUAUAUGGCACAUUUAGGUAUUUAGGGUUAUCCAUCCUGAAUAUCCAUCCCCAGCUUCCAAUGGGGUGGGGGAGGAGGAGUUCAUAAGCCAUCUCUAUGACCGUCACUGGAGACAAGAAAGUGGCUGAAUCUCCCUCCAAGUGUUUCCAGAUAGGUUGCAUAAAGUAAAAAGAACAGUACUAACAAACAGUUAGCAUCUCUAAAGUCAGCUUAAAGGACCACUAUAGUCACCCAGACCACUUCAGCUCAAUGAAGUGGUCUGGGUGCCAGGUCCCAGAUUUUAACCUUGCAGCUGGAAACAGCAGUUUUAGAGAAACUGCUAUGUUUAUAUUGCAGAGUUAAUGCAGCCUCUAGUGGCUGUCUCCCUGACAGCCACUAGAGACUGCUUCCGCGAUUCUCAGUGUGAAAAUCGCAUUAAACUCACGCAGCGUGAGUUCAGAUCCCCAUAGGAAAGCAUUGAGUAAUGCUUUCCUAUGGGCGGUUUGAAAGCGCCCGCGGCUCUGGCCGCGCAUGCACAUUCGGCUCCACUCGGGAGCUGACGGCAGGGAGAGUAGAGGUCACCAGCGCCAGAUUAAGGUAAGUGGCUGAAGGGGUCUUAACCCCUUCAGCCCAGCAGGGGGGGUGACCUAAUAACCCUGUAGUGCCAGGAAAAUGGGUUUGUUUUCCUGGCACUAUAGUGGUCCUUUAAAUGCAGGAAUAAAGAGAUGUCGAUCCAUCACAAGAAGCAGUUAAAGGCUUUUUAGGCUGAUGGCAGCAUAACUCUGCAAAUACACGUCUCCUCCAAAUAGCUUUUAGGCCCUGCCCCUCCUGGAAGCUUUAAUAAAGAAAGAAAAAAAUCUUAAAGUAGUUAGAGCUAUGUUAUAAAAAUGUUUCCCAUAUACACUUUUACAUGCUACAUCUCUAAUAUUUCUGCAGUUCUAACAAGUUGCAUAGAGAUGCUUGAAAAUCCUUAUUGUUUACACAGGUCUGGAUUUCUCUCUGAAGCUACAUGGAAAGAAUGGUUAAAAGUAAAUGUUUUCUUGCUCGCCGCUUUCGUUUUGACCUGCAUUUUUACCCUGGUAGUGUCCCUGCUACUUGUAUCCCACCUCUAUCUCAUUUCGUGCAACACUACUACCUGGGAGUUUAUGUCUCACCACCGCAUUGCCUACCUGAAACACUGCGAUUCGGAUACAAACCCUUUCGACAAGGGCAUUAUCCGUAACCUCUGGAGUUUUUUUUGCACAUUUGGGACUGUGGCUUGGGAACGCAUGUAUUACCGGGAAUCGUAUGCCACUGUAUGACAUUUAAAACCCUACUGGAUUCCGGUGUUUCAGAAAAAAAGAGACUUUUUAAUUUAUUUUUUUAUAAAUAUAGGAAAGUUCUUCCCACUAUUCAACUCUCACAGAUACUAUGAUUUUUAUGAAUAUUUAAUCACGUAAAUUUUUGUGUCACUGAUAUUGACUCAUGGCCUAUUUAUAGGGACAUUCCAGGCUGCAAACAUCCUCAGUAUCCCAGCUAUACCAAACAAGAAAAUCCACACUGAUCACCGGCUAACGGCACUCUAUUCCCACUUUUUAAAUCCUCAGACUCGCAUUUGGAUUUGCAGGAGAUAAUAUACCCAUUUUAAUGCAUUAUAUAAAUACAUUGAAAUAAUUUAAUAAUGCAUUAAAAACAAAAUACAGCCAUUUAGCUUUCUUGUAUUUAACUGAACGUUCUUCAGGUGUUUAUCUUCUAUUUUGAGCCUUCAAGAUGUGGCUCAAUCCCAUCUUUUAGUUCCUGUGGGGUUUCUAUUGGAAUCCUGAUAAUCUAUAAUCCAUUCAACAGUGGAGAUUCCAAGUGUGGUGUUUGUUCAGUUUCCCACUGAGCUGCAGUCUGCAAUUAGAUUAAUUCAUAAACAUGUGAAUUGUUAUUUGGGAAGGGUAAGAGAAAAGUUUGCAUGGAUUUUGUAAAUGAAGCCAACUAGACUGAUACAUUUUCAGACAGAUGUUAACUUUGGAGCUAGUAUUCGCACAGAUUCUGCUGUGGGCCUCUCAGAAAGUAGAACUGUAUAUGAUGGCAUAUACAAAACUGGAAUCUCCUUUUAAUUCUAGCCUUUUGUCACGUGACACAAGGAGACGGCACCGAUAGGUUGAAAUACAUUGUUGCUAUUAAACAAAACCUACGCGUACUCCAAAAUCAAAACAAGUUUACCGUUCAGUAACUGGUAGAGAAUGAGAAAAAAGAGAAACAUGAAACAUGAUUUUUUAAACAUGUUUUUACUGUUAAUGAUAACCGUAUAAAGUUUUGAGACAUUUCUAUGGUUUUCUGAUACUUGCACUAUUUUGAGGAAAAAAUAUAUAAUUUUUUAAAAUCUUUUAUACAAUGUUAAAUGUAGUGUGUUUUUUUUGGAUUCCCAUUAAUAUGUACAUGUAUAUUUAUACAAUAAACUGUUGUUGGCUG